AUGGGCUCGGAAGAACAGCCUCGAGCCAGUCUCGACUUUGCAGAAAGCUCAGUGUUGGAGGCAAUCGCACCUGCUACUUCGAAGGUUGACAUCGAGGAGGCAUUCAACUCGUGGGAUGGCACUGUCGAAGACGAGGGCGCGUCAAUAUUGCCCUUCGUGAAGCAGAGACAUGUGCUGCUAUUUGAUGAAUUACUCCCGGUUUACGUCGUCUUCCGGACGCCGUUACUUGAAAACGAAGUACUAAAGUCGUACCUUGAUCGAUUGGCAGUCAGCCUCGACGUAUUUGCUUUCGGUACAACCCCUGGUCCGGAUCAAGAAGCAAAGGCCUUACCCAAAGAGCUGAUCUGCUCCGAGACGAUCAAGGACACUAAUGAACCUACAAUUGUGCUUCACGAGAGCGGAGACGCAAAGCACGCCUAUGUGUUCUGGAAGGUUGAGGUCGCCAUAGCUCGACCUCAAGGCCGAUUCCACAAGCCUGCUAUAUACUUUCAACCCACUGCAUCUCUGAAACCCGAUGUCACGGCGAAGCAAAAUGUAUCUCAUAACGACUACCUCCCGAGUCGGGUUCCACCAGCUCUCAACCUGCUGCAAUCGUUCGAGCAUGAUCCGGCGCUGGCUGGCAUCCACCCUCGGCUGUCAGCGAUGAGGAUCAGUAAAAUUGCACCGUCUGCACCUCUUGCUCGAGAGAUGGUUCGACCGAUCAAGACUGGGCAGCGGCCCCUCUUUCGAGCUGUACCGCCUCUGAUGUGGAGGACCAGAUUCGCGAAGGUGCACACGUCGCUAGCUGACUUGUCACUAAUGGUUUCACUGGAUAUUGAAGUUGCGCAAUACACAUCCUACAACGUCAGGAUCAAGACGGUCGAUCUGUUACUACACGGAGGCGACAUCAAAGCUCUGACAACCGUCAACACUGUGGCAACCUCCAGCCCUGGCGAUCAAUUGAGUUACUUGUACAAGGCCACUCCAGAUCUAGGCCCUGAUGGCACACCUGCACUUGGGAGCCAAGGCCAUAUACUCACUCUAAACAUCGAGGCCGACAUACUAGUGUCCGAUGGCUGCCAGCCGCACGUCGCCAUCCAGUGGAAGACAGCGGUAGACUUUGCAAGCGAGCAGCAGUCGAAUUUGAUCAAGGCUGCGCACCGGCUGAGCAGUGCUUCACAUGCUGGCAGUAUAAAAAGCCCCGACAGCCUCCCGGCUCAGGACACAGACGAACCAAACGCCCCGAACGAUGCGAUCAAUGUCACGCUAACAAUUUCCGGCCCACCGAGUGUUCAAGUUGGGGAGCUGUUCCAUUGGGGCGUCUUUAUUGUCAAUCGCUCAGAUAAGAUCAGAAGGUUGGCCGUCAUGGUGAUUCCCAAGAGAAAACGAGACGCACACAGACCACAGCCUUCCGCUUCCUCCAUCGGUGGGCACAGUGCUGAGAAGAAGGAACUACUUGCGACUGCCGUGCUCGACGAAAACAUCAUUUAUGGUAGGCAGAAGGGCGCGAAGACUGAACCCACCGAGCUGGUGUGUCUGACAACGGACAUUCGUCUGGGACAACUGGCGCCAGGCUCAUGCUACACAGCAGACCUGAAGUUCAUUGCGCUUUCUGCUGGCGUACAGUCGGUGGAAUCGGUUCGCGUCAUCGAUCUCGCUACGAAUGAGACAGCAGACGUUCGGGACCUACCAAGCAUUGUAGCAGUAGAGAAGCAACCAGAAGGCAUCGAGACUUGAGCGUCUGUG